CUCCCAUUAACACACACACACCCACACACCCACACAAAGCUACAAAACAAAACAAACCAAAACUCAAAGCACUUCCCUCUCUCCCACUCUCUUUGUGUUAGUACCGCCACGCCCACCACCUCCUGUCUCCUCCCUUGUUUAACCCAAAAACCCAAACAAACCCAACCUAAGCCCACUUACCACCAUGCCCAAUCACCACCCUAACCACCUCAUAACCACCCACCCCCCUCCCUGGGCGGUGCCUUUCACGCCCCUCCACCCAUUGGUGGACCUCCCCGUACCCUAUCCUCCCCCACAUCCACCGCUCUUAGAUCUCUAAAUCAGCCGCACACUCCUCCACCCACCCUUGCCCACCAAACCACCCCACCCCCCUUAUCCUACGCCGCCCUCCUCUUAUCCUACGCACCCCUCCCUCUUAAACUCCUCCAAUCCCUAAAUCCCCAAAUUGAUAUCAUCUCAGCCAUGGCCUCCUCUCCUCCCUCCUCUCCCCACGACGGCUCUCCUCUCCUCCUCUCCGACCCCCCUCACGCCGUCCCCCUCGCCCUCCCCGCCCCUCCCUCCUCCUCCUCCGCCCCGCCGCCGCCCUCCACCUCCCGCCGCCUCCCCCCGCCGUGCUGGUCCCACGACGAGACCGUCGCCCUCAUCGACUCCUACCGCGACAAGUGGUACUCCCUCCGCCGCGGCAACCUCAAGGCCACGCACUGGCAGGACGUCGCCGACGCCGUCUCCCGCCGCUGCCCCGCCGCCUCCCCCGCCAAGACCGCCGUCCAGUGCCGCCACAAGAUGGAGAAGCUCCGCAAGCGCUACCGCACCGAGAUCCAGCGCGCUAGGUCCAUGCCCUUGGCCAGAUUCACCUCCUCCUGGGUCCACUUCAAGCGCAUGGACGCCAUGGAGAAAGGCCCGGCGGCGAUGAAGAACGAGAACUCGGAUAGUCCCGUUGACGACGGCGAGGAUGAGGAGAACGAUGAGGAGGAGGAUCAGGACCAGGAGCUGUAUGAGGAGCUGAGAUACGGUUCGAAUAUGAAGAGUAUGAGUAAGAUGUAUAGGAAUGGAGUUGGGAUUGGUGGGAGUGGUGGAGGGAGCAGUGUUGGUGGUGGGAAUGGUGGGUUUCGGAUUCGGAUUCCGACUGGGGUUAGUAUAGCUCAGCCUGGGAAUAAGGUUUAUCCGAAGAUGGAUCAGAAGUUUGGGAUGAAUUCGCACCCGGGGACGAGCUAUGCUACUGCUAAGGUGAUGAGGGAGUGCAAUAAUAAUGUAGGGGGGAGAGGUGGUGGGGGGUUGGGGAAGAGGGAGAGGGAGAGGGACCCUGUGGCAGAGAUGGUGUCGGCGAUUAAGGUGUUGGGAGAUGGGUUUGUGAGGACGGAGCAGACGAAGAUUGAGAUGGCCAGGGAGAUUGAGACUAUGCGGAUGGAGAUGGAGAUGAAGAGGACCGAGAUGAUAUUGGAGUCACAGCAGCGGAUUGUGGAUGCUUUUGCAAAGGCUGUUUCGGAGAAGAAGAAGAAGAAGGCCAAGAGAAUGCCGUCUCCUGAGGUGUAGAUGAUGUGAUGGGGUCGUGUUGGUGAUCGGAUGAAAGAGUUUUCCCCCAAUGGGUUUGUGUUGUGUUUGCUGAAUUUCAAGAGUUUUGGGGAGGUCUUGUGCCGGUGUCUCAAGGUUGGGUGAGCUUCCUGUCAUAGCAGCAGAUGUGAUUCGGUCUUAAUGAUCAAGAGAUAUGUGAGUCUGCUAGUUUGUAAGUUUGUGUUUAACUCGCUUUCACACCACUUUUUAUGUGAUAGGAGAAUGUGGUCACUUUAGCCCUUUUGGAUGAUUGUAGCUUAAUCUUUGUAGUAUCGUGUAGUACUGAAAAUUAUGUAGAAUAGUUGUUCUGUUCGUAUCUCAGUUUAAUGCAUAGUAACUUUAGACGUUUGAUCUUGAAGUUCCUUGUCCUGAUUUGUUUCUUCUUUUGCAUUAGAACUAUUGGUAUAUGGAAG